UGUGUGCCUUGUAGACCACUUAGGAAAAAAAAGUGGUUUGUCGUUAAUUGUAAAUAUUGAUGUAAAUGUUACGGACUUACGGUAUUUGAAGUAGCAUGUUUGUAAAGCUAUGACUAAAGAACGUUUAGUAAUUUAUCGGUUUUUGUAUAUAUUAAAAUAAUUUAUAAUAAAAAUAUUUCUAAUUAAAUUUAUUAGGAUUUAAUGAAAAUUAAAACAGAGGGGACCUUGCCUUGACGCUGGUUCCUGAGCGCGGAACAUGAUGGGGUUCUCCUACGAGAAGAGGCCCUUGAAGCGCCCGCGCCUGGGCCCGCCGGACGUGUACCCCCAGGAGCCCAAGCAGAAGGAGGACGAGCUGACCAGCACCAACGUGAAGCAUGGCUUCGCUACCAUGCCGCAGCUGUCCGACGAGUUCGGCACGGCGCGCAACUGCAACAUCACCGCGGCCAAGGUGGUGGAGUACUUCAACGGGAUCCAGACCAAGAAGGAGGAGCUGAACACGCUGCCCGACAUGGGGCGCAAGCGGCAGCAGAUCAACCCCAAGGACAACUUCUGGCCCGCCACGGCCCGCACCAAGAAUGCCGUGGAGGCCUGGUUCAAGGACCUCGCCGGCAGCAAGCCCCUCAGCAGCUUGUCCAAGAAGGCCCCGAACUUCAACAAGAAGGAGGAGAUCUUCUCGAUGCUGUGCGAGUACCAAGUGCCCAUGCUGCGAGCCUCGUGGUUCAUAAAGCUCAGCUACGCCUACACGGUUGCCGUGUCCGAGGUGAAGAUAAAGCGUCGCCAGCUCACGGACCCCACCCAAGAGUGGACGGGCACGCUGAUGAAGUACCUGAAGGACCAGCUGGGCAAGCUGCAGGACUACUACCACACGCCGGGCGGCUGCAGCAACGCCGGCUCCACGCCCAACCCGGCCAGCCUGACGCCCGCCGCCUCCUCCCCCGCCCCCCCGCCCAUGUCGGACGAGCAGAAGGCGGCCCUGCGCCAGUGGCAGUACUGUGUGCAGCUGGCCAAGUACCUCUACGAGGAGGGGCUGCUGGACCGCCAGGAGCUGCUGCAGUGGAUGCUGGACCUGCUGGACCAGCUGCGGCCCGCCCCGGCCGAGGACGGGGCCCUGCGCCUGCUGCUGCCCCUCGCCCUGCAGUACUCGCGGGAGCUGGUGCAGUCGGAGCUGCUGGCCCGCAAGCUGGCGCAGCUGUGCGCUCGCCGCCUGGCGCAGCUGUGCUGUGCCCAGGAGCCGUCCAUCGCCUGCCCCUCCCCGCCCGCCGCCAGCCCGGGCGCGCCGCCGCUGGUGAACCCGGUGGCCGUCAUGUUCGGGGAGUACAUGAGCUGCCCGCACCACCGCGACAUCGUGCUGUCCCUCAGCGCCAUCAUCCAGGUGAUCACGCUGGAGUGCCCCACGGCGCUGGUGUGGAACUGUGUGGGCGAGGGCAAGUCGUCGUCCGUGCUGAACGGCUCGCCGCUGGACCACCUGCCCUGCACGCCCGCCACCCUGCCCAUGCCCCAGCGCGCCAACAACCCGCGCAUCAGGCACAAGCUGCGCAAGGCGGAGGAGCGCAUACGGCAGCGCAGCGCGGCGGCCGAGGGACGCUGGUCCUGCGACAAGUGGCAGCAGUCGUCCGCCGGGCUCACCACCAACAAGGUGCUGACCGCCCUGGACGCGCUCGACCGCCACAGCUUCGACCGCUCCGACCCCACCAACUCCAUCGACACCCUCUACGCCAAGAUCUUCCCCCCCGCGGCCGCCAAGGACGGAGGCGAGGCCCGGCCGGAAUACGGCGCGGGCCAGGACGAGGCGGUCGUGCGGACGCUGUGCGAGUGGGCGGUCAGCACGCAGCGCUCCGGCGAGCACCGUGCCGUGGCCGUGGCCAAGCUGCUGGAGAGGCGGCAGGGGGAGGGCGACGGCCCCGACGACAAGGACUCUGUCUGCUCGGCCGGCGGCGGGCCGGCGGGCGUGCCCGUCUUCCAGCCCCUGCUCAUGGCGUUCCUGGACACCGACGCCCCCGUCAUAGAGGACACGCCUAGCCCGCAGAACCGCGCCACCUUCACCAACCUGGUGCACCUGUUCGCCGAGCUGAUCCGGCACGACAUCUUCUCCCACGACGUGUACAUGUGCACGCUGAUCUCGCGCGGGGACCUGAACACGAGCGGGCCGGGGGGCGGGGCGGGGGGCGCCGGGGGCGCCGGCACCCCGCACGCCUCCAGCAACAAGCCCGCCACGCCCGCGGAGGCCAUCUGCAACCCGGGGCUGCAGGACGACGACUCGACGCUCUUCCCGGGCAUAGAGUUCAAGCCGGGCAAGCUGGACGUGCAGGACCACGGGCGUGCGAUGGUGUGUGACGACAGCAAGAUAGACGAGGACCUGGACAAGCUGCUGAAGCAGAUAACCAAGGAGGACGUGCCGGACUCGCCCAACCCGUCGCUGGUCGCUCCCGCCACCUCCACCGUGUCCCCCAUGGAGACGGCAGACUGCGGCGCGGGGGAGACCCGGUCCCGCCACCUCAUCUACACCACGCACUUCCCCUUGCCCCAGGACGAGCCGUACAGCACGCACGACUGCAACCAGCGCCACGUGCUGCUGUUCGGCGUGGGGCGCGUGCGAGACGAGGCGCGCCACAUCGUCAAGAAGAUGACCAAGGAGAUCUGCAAGCUGUUCAGCAAGAAGUUCAGCAUCGACGUGGCGGAGGGCGGGAAGGUGAAGAAGCACUCGCGAGGGGAGUUCAACUUCGAGGCGACGACGGCGAAGACACAGGCCCUGUCGUACUUCGACCAGCACGUGGUGACGUGGCAGUGCGCCAUGACAGUCGUGGAGAUGCUCAACUCCUUCGCGAGCGGCAGCUCGAACUACCUGCCGGUUCAGGAGCAUGUAGCGUUCCUGUUUGACCUGAUGGAGCUGGCCCUGAGCAUAUAUGGCCUGAUAGACUUCUGCAUCCAGAUCCUGAAGGAGCUGCCGGAGGUGGAGGCACAGCUGCUGGCCAAGUCCUCGGUGCUGGCUCGCAGCUACACCACGUCGCUGAGCCUGUACGUGGUGGGGGUGCUGCGUCGCUACCACUGCUGCCUGCUGCUGUCGCCGGAGCAGACGACGGCGGUGUUCGAGGGGCUGUGCCGGGUGGUGAAGCACGUGACCAACCCGGGGGACUGCUCCUCCGCGGAGCGCUGCGUGCUGGCGCACCUCUAUGACCUCUACUCCACCUGCUCGCUGCUCAAGUCCAAGCCGCACUGCACCGAGCCGUUCGGCAACGCCUACCCCAAGAUCCGGCAGGCGCUGUACUCUGCCCUGCAGCCGUCCUCCUCCAACCACGUCUGCAACGCCCAGUUCAUGGCGGAGGUGUUCAGCAGCCCCCGGCGAGGCAAGAUAGAGCCCCAGUGGGCGCGGCAGCUGGCAGAGUCGCCCAACAACCGCUACAGCUUCGUGUGCAACGCCAUCGUGGCCGUGUGCAACGAGUCUGACAACGACCGCCUCAACGACCUGGCCGUGCUGUGCGCGGAGGUGACGGCGUGCUGCAACGCGCUGUCCGCCGAGUGGCUCGGUGUGCUGAUGGCGCUGUGCUGCUCCUCCAACCAUUCGUCGCACUUCAUAGACGUGUUCCCGCAGGUGGAUGUGCGCGACCUGUCCAUCCACAACUCGCUGGCCGUCUUCACGUCCAUCCUCAUCGCUCGCCACUGCUUCUCUUUGGAAGAUUUUGUGUUCCACAUAGCACUUCCUUCCUUGGUGAAAGCUGGCAAUGAAGGGCGCGGGGACGCCAACUCGGAGGCGGAGGCCGGCGCCCGGCUGACCUGCCACCUGCUGCUGCGCCUCUUCAAGACGGUGGAGUGCCCCCAGCCGGCCCUGUACAGCCUGGGCACCUCCCCCCACCCGCUGCCCGCCGCCGGCUACAGCAUCAAGCUGAGCUGCGACCGCCACCUGCUGGCCGCCGCCCACAACAACGUGCGCGUGGGUCCCGUGCUGGCCGUGCUCAAGGCGAUCCUGGUGCUGGCGGACGCGACGGCGCAGGACGGCAAGGGGGGCGGCAAGAAGAGCGAGGGGGGCGGGGCAGGCAGCGCCCACGCGCUGGGCGGGGGCAAGCUGCCCCAGAGCUCCGGCCCGGGCAGCGAGCUGAGCAUCAGCCACAUCCUGGGCACCAGCGACAUCCUGGGGGCGGGCGACGACCCCUUGCUGGACCUGGGGGUGGUAGACGUGGAGCCAGCUACACGUCCUCAAAGGCUGCUGACGGGCUGCGGGACGGCCGGCGGCUCGGAGGCGGCGACGGGGCUGUCGGACUUUGCCCAGCACGUGCUGCGCCAGAUCUGCAGCCAGGAGUGGGUGCUGGAGCGCUGCCUGCAGAACCCGGGCGAGCUGUGCCACCCGGACAUGCUGCUGGACAGCAUGCUGACACCCAAGCAGGCGCAGCGGUUGCUGCACAUGAUUUGCUACCCGGACACGAGCUCGGCGAUGGAGGAGGCGCUCGACCAGCGCUCGAUCAUCGCCCGGAUCCUGGAGAACCUGGACCAGUGGACGCUGCGCAUGUCGUGGCUGGACCUGCAGCUGAUGUUCAAGCAGUUCCCCGCGGCGUCGCCCGAGCUGGGCGCCUGGCUCGACACGGUCGCCAAGGCCGCCAUCGACGUGUUCCAGCUGACGGGCGAGGGCCAGGACGACGCCCCGCGGCCCUCCCGGCCGGGCUCCAUCUGGCUGGUGGGGCCGCUCGUGGCCAAGCUGUCGCCCGCCGUGCGCGGCCGCGUGCUCAAGGUCGCAGGCCAGGUGCUGGAGAGCGGCAACUGGUCGGCCAAGGUGCGCGACAAGGAGCGUUCGAGCAGUCAGCGCAGCUCCUCGCUGCUCAGCCACCAGCCCUUCCUGUCGCUGGUGCUCACCUGCCUCAAGGGCCAGGACGACCAGCGCGAGGGGCUGCUCACCUCGCUGCACUCCCAACUGUCCCAGUUCACCAUGCUGUCCAAGGACGAGCGAGUGUCCAACUACGAGGACCCGAAGGGGCGCGCGCUCAUGCAGGACGCGCUGCAGCUGCGGUUCAGCCUGGUGGGGGGGAUGUUCGACACGAUCCAGCGCAACACCACCGUCACCACGGACUGGGCCAUCCUGCUGGUGGAGCUGGUCACCUACGGCGUCAUCGACCUCAACAACAACGCGGAGCUGUUCACGGCGGUGAUAGACAUGUUGGCGACCCUGAUCCACUCCACGCUGGUGUCUGACUCGCAGACGGAGAAGGAGGAGAACCGCAAGCACUACCAGAACCUCAUGAAGAAGCUCAAGAAGGAGCUGGGGGACCGCAGCUCCCCCUCCCUGCAGCACCUGCGCCAGCUGCUGCCGCUGCCCAAGACCUCGGUGGAGGUGAUCGCCUGCGAGCCUGUGGGCUGCCUCACCGACACCAAGGGCAACAAGAUCACCGGCUUCGACUCCAUCGACAAGAAGCAGGGCCUGCAAGUGGCGGAGAAGCAGCGGGUGUCGCCCUGGGACCUGCUGGAGGGACACAAGAACCCGGCGCCGCUGUCCUGGGCCUGGUUCGGGGCGGUGCGGGUGGAGCGCAAGCCCCUGUGGUACGAGGACACGCACCGGCUGCUCAAGUACCACACCCACAACCUGGUGCGCCCCACAGCCUACUUCCUGGAGCCCCCGCCGCUGCCCCCCGAGGACCUGGACCCUCCGCAGGAGAAGCCAUUGAAGGACGACGGGAAGGCCGACACGCCCAACUCGGACCAGUCCCCGCGCGGCGCGGGGGCGGGGCGGCGCGGCAAGAACACCCGUAGGCGGCGGGUCAAGUCGGGGCCCCAGGUGGGCGCCCCCGCUAACGGCCAGCCGGUGAUGCCCGGGAUGAGCCCCGCAGUGCAGGCGCAGGCUCCGGCGCCCAUGCAGCACAUGGGGUACCCGGGCCAGGGGGGCAUGUUCCCCUCGCAGCCGCAGUGGGGCUACAACCAGCAGCAGCCGGGCCAGGCCCCGCCGCAGCAGCCGCAGCAGCAGCAGCAGCAGCAGCAAGGCUACUACCCCCAGCAGCUGCCCACCGGGCUGAGGUUCGAGCGCGCGGGCAACCAGUCGAAGCAGGCGCUGUCCAACAUGCUGCGCAUGCGGCAGCCCCCGACCCAGUUCAUGGGCACGCAGCAGCCUCCGCCCGGCUUCCCCCAGAACAUGCAGCGCCAGCCGCUCAUCAGGCACCCGCUGAGGGCACAGCACACUCCCGGACUGCAGCCCCCGCAGCAGGGCAUGUUCCCCCAGCAGCAAGGCGGCCCCAUGUACUCUGGCAUGCAGCAAGGCAUGAGCCAGAGCUACGGCGGCUACGCCUCACAGCCGGGCCCCCAGAUGAUGGGGCAGCAGGCCCAGCCCAUGAUGGGCGGCUUCCCGGGGCAGCAGGGCGCGGGCUUCAUGGCGCAGCAGCAGGCCAUGAUGCCGCAGCAGCAGCGGGCGGCCGGGCCUCAGGAGUACGUGGGCGCGCCGGCCGGCCUGGUGGCCCAGCAGCGCGGCCAGCGGCCCCAGUACCUGCAGGCACCCAACGUGACGAUGGCGACGAUGAGCGGGCCGCAGGGGCAGCCGGCGCCCCCCUACGGGCGGGUGGGCGCGGGGCAGGGCCCCCCUUCCUGCCACCCCUCGCAGCAGCAGAGCCAGCAGUUCCAGCAGCAGCAGGUCUGUCGCCGGCGGCAGCAACAGCAACAACAGCAGCAGCAGCAACAGCAACAACAGCAGCAACAGCAGCAGCAGCAACAGCAACAGCAGCAGCACAACUCUCGCCAGCAGUACCUCAUGAUGCAGCAGAUGUUGCAGCAGAAGAAGCAGCAGCAGCAGGGCCAAGGCCCGCCCUCCUCCGUCAUGAUGGGCCAAUCGCAGCAGCCCGCCGGCCAGCCCAACCCCUACUCCCACCAGCCCCCGCCGUACUAGUACCUGCUCCGCCGAUGAACUCUCACGUCCGUCGUUUGUGCGCUGUGAUUGACCUCAACGAAAUGAAACGAAACGUUUCCACAGCAAUGAAACCAAGGGGCGUAGCGCAGUUCCUAAUGCACGCGGUAAUCAUCAUGAGACUUGAGGUUGCUGGAACUUUACCACCAGCAGUUUUAUAUCAGUUGUUCGGGACCACGGCUGUACCGCUAACCGAUUUGGCGGUAUUAUUGAACAUGAAUUUUGUUUUAGUCAAAAUUAGCACAGUCCAAUUAUUUGCUGCUGUGUGGCAAAAAAUAUGUGCAUGUUGCCAGAAUCCAACCAAACAAAUCAAAAUGGCAGGACUUGUAGGUGCUGUAAUACGUAAGGUGGGAACAGGAACACUGUGCCGUGCUCCUCAGUUCUACCGCCACACAGAGACCUCGUCGUAAGGAACACCAACACGUGGAGGUCGCGAGGGUGGAUACAAGGACAGGCUCAAGCAGUUACCAGCAGGUGUAUGGACUACAUUCUCACAUCGUCAGACAACCUGUUGUGUAAGGAGCAGCUGUAAGCUCUUUAAACUUACGUGGAAUUCGUAUCUAACAUGCCAGAAAAAGUUUACUGAAAAAUAGUAGGUUUGUGUAAAUUCUGUAUUUAUUUCAUUAAACAAAAUAAUUUGCAGAGAACUGGCAUAAAUAUGAAACAAAAUCUUUGCUUUAAAGUUCACUUAAAACUUUGGAGCAAAUAUUAUUUAACAAGUGAAUGAUGUGUGCAUAUAUAUAUUUAUAGAAACACCCAAAUUUUGAAGUUACUUAUUGUAAGUCAUAUUAUAUAUUCAAGAUAUCCUCUUACAGUCCUGUUCACCUUACAUGUAAAACCUUAAUAUUUUUGUUACAUGCCUCACUUUCAUUCUAGGUUGCUUUAAGUAGAGGUCUUUUUUUAGUUAAGUAUUAAAAAAAAUUUUAUUUAUUUAAUUAUUAAGGUUUUUUCUGCAGUGAAGAAUACAUGUAUUUAACUUUCGACUUUCACACUUAUCUCAUGUAUUCUAAAUAAAUACAUGUUAGGUAUUUAAAAAAUAUCUAUUUAACUCAAUUACUUUAUUUAGAUUCUUGCUAAGAAUUUCAAUUGAAUAAAAAAAAUAUAUAUAUUGUUUGUUUAAACAAGAUUUUUUCCCAGCCAUUAUUGGUUAUAAAUUUGAGAUGCCAACCCCAGUGCUUCCUUCCCGAGGAACAGAGCGAUGCCGAGACCUUGUUGACUGCCUCGCCACAACACAGCAGAGUAGCAGUGGUUCCCGCCAGAGCGUGUGCACAAGACAAUUUCCAGUGCAAGGCCAGCUGUUGUGCCCCAAAAACUAGGGCUGUGAAAAUAUUUGAAAUUUCAACUACGAAUAAUAAACUACCGUAUUUACUCGCGUAUGGGUCGCACAUUUUAUGCUAAUUUAUUGUUCAAUAAAAUGUACUGUGCCCCUAUGCAAUAUGUAAUUUUGGGUUAAAAAAAAGUAUUAAAAUGGUAAAAUGUGAGUGUAAAUAA